CUUAACUGCUACAGAAAUCAGCUGUCGACGUUGUCGUCGUACACUCAUUACGGCACUUCCUGUCUGCGCAGCAAAAAUCGAUGCGAGGAUGGUGGAUCGGAUGUGUGCAGUUGAACGGCUGCCACUUCCUAGUGUAGCAUGCUACAGAAUAGAAUUUGCGUUUUUGAAAGACGGUUUUCGUUUACCUGCUUACUUUAGCUUUUACGUUUCUGGUUCAUGAUUAAUUUUGUUAGUCCGAACAAUGACAAAUAUCAGCGGGUGUCUGUCGGUCGAUAACUCCAUGGAUAUUAGGCGGGUAGAUGUAAGUGUUUAUGAAAAUGAUCCGGUUCAUCAGCUGGAAGAACUGUUUAAGAUUUUCCGUCCGCAGCUGGCGGGUAGACCCGUACUUAUCGAGGAACUUACAGGAGGACUUAUAAACAUGAUGUAUAAACUGGUUGUGGAAGAUGACGUCACCGUAUUCCGCAUAUACAACGGUGACCUUACAGAUAUGUUUGAUCGCAAGGAGGAAUUACAGCGAUUGAUUUUUCUUCAUGAGCACGGCCUGUAUCAGAAAAUAUACGGUGUGUUCCGCAACGGAAUCUGUUACCGCUAUCAGAACGGUAGAAGCCUAACUGCGGAAGAAUUACGCGACCCAUCGAUGUCUAAGCUGAUCGCAAGAAAAUUAGCCCUAUUACAUACCACGUCUUUACUUAAAGAAGAAUGUCGCAGUGCAAAAGACGAUGUGAUAGCCACCGUUGUCAAAAAUUUGGAAUCCCUGCCGGAAAUAUAUGAAAACGCUAGUCUGAACCAAAUGGUCACUACUUGCUUCCCAGAUCGGACACAACUACGUGCGGAGUUUGACGAACUGGUGCAAAUGAUUCUGCCGCUGCGAACUGCAGAAAAAUGUGGUCAUGUUGUGUUGUGUCAUAAUGAUCUCGUGGCCAGCAACAUAAUUUUUGACGAAUGCUGCAACGAUGUACAAUUUAUCGAUUUUGAAUUCUCAGGAUACGGCUUUCCUGCUGAUGAAAUCGGUGGAUUAUUUGCAGAAUUUUUUGGCGCCACGGAAAACGGUGUGAACAAAUCAAAGGAAGCGGAUCGCAGCGUCUUCCAAAUGGAAUUCAUAAAAUGUUACCUCGAGGCCAGAAAAGCGUUAUCCGUUAAAGACGCUGACCAGAAUAAAAAUUAUGUGAAAUCGGUUUCUGAACAAGAUGUAUGGAAUUUUUACGUGAUUUCCAAAAGAUUUGCUUUAUUGCGACCGUGGUUUGCGGUAACUUGGAUUUUGAAUGCGGUAAACCGGAUCCGUGAUCCACAAGAAGCGCUGGAUGAUCUCUUGUUCGCUAAAAAUGCGAUGGAAAUCUAUAGGAAAACCAAAGACAGUGUGUUUGAGCUUCAUUUAAGAAAUGGGAUGUGAACUUCCGGUUGGAUCGAGACUAAUGUUUGCCUUCAACUGCGCUUGUCCGCUGCGUAAAACUGUUGUAUCAACGUAAAGUUGACAUUUGCUCAUUACAUAUACCGUGUUUCUGCGAUUGCUUUUCCAAAAGCGCUUUCUGGUUCCUUAACCUGGUGUGAUCGAGUGGUACUAGCGAAGUUAUUUCAGAUUUGUGAUAAGAAUCUUUAUUUCUUGAGCGUUACUAACACAAGCUAAUGGUUUUAAUAGCGGUUUACUUGUCAAAUUAUAAAGAUGCCUUAUUUGUAAUUAAUAAACAUCAUCUGAA